AUGAGGCAGCCGCCCUCUCUCAUUAGCCGGCGGCCCGCUCCUCUCCGACCUCAGCCCUCGGUUGCGCUUACAAAUGAACCCUGGCAUUCGAUGACAGAGAGCAAGCAAGAAGUGCUCUAUCAUCUCGCAAUAGGACGAGCGGCCAAGAUUAUAUCUAAAGAGCACUCUUAUCCACUCGGCGUUCGACUCGGCGAGCUGCUGGCUAAAGAGAGAACUGCGGCACGCAGACUGCAGCGUCGUCAGAAGAGCAGCGAGGACACAGCAGAAGACCAUCUGGACAUGUUCCUGUUACGCAGGGAAGUCAGAGUAGUCAGACUGCAACUCGACCGUGUGCAGAGCUUGGUUGACCGCGUGAGCUUGCCGACUGAUCACUUCGACAAGCGAGCUCAUGCAAGAGUCUCCGCAGAUCCAUGCGCAGGCUGCACCUGUUAUCUCGACGCGAUGACACGCACGCGCUGUCUCGAAGCCGCCGCUGCAGCCUUGGACGCAAAUCGACGUUUUCCUUCUGAUGUGACGCUCGGCGGGGUAUCUUGA